CUCAAGUUUCCGGAAGAGCAACUGGUGCGAGUUUAAUGGACAAGGAAGAGAUAUUUGUUUAGGUUCGUCGCUCGUCUGCGGGACACCAACAUUCUCCUUUCGUCAAUUAAAUUGGACUCCCCUUUUUUAAAUCGCUACCAUGCCUUUGUUCGCCCCGAACCCGUUCGACCAAGAUGUCGAGAAGGCAACCAAUGAAAACAACACGACAGACGACUGGGGGCUGAUCAUGGACAUCUGCGAUAAGAUUGGAACGACAACCAAUGGACCAAAGGACAGCUUGAGAUCCAUCAUGAAGAGAGUCGGUCAAAAAGUGCCUCAUGUUUCCAUGCAGGCCCUCAACUUGCUGGGAGCUUGUGUUUCGAACUGUGGCAAAAUAUUCCACCUGGAAAUAUGUUCAAGGGAGUUCGCCAGCGAAGUACGGAGUGUGCUGAGCAAGGCCCACCCGAAGGUGUGUGAAAAGCUAAAGGCUCUGAUGGUGGAGUGGGCCGACGACUUCCAGAAGGAUCCACAGCUCAGCCUGAUCAGUGCCACCAUCAAGACUCUGAAAGAGGACGGCGUCAGUUUCCCCACCGCAUCAUCACAGGGGUCUACCACAAAGGUCAGCACACCUGCUGCAAGCAAAGCACCAGAUGAGGAGGACCUGGCCAAAGCCAUCGAGCUGUCCUUGCAGGAGCAGAAGCAGCAGGCGGAGACGCGGCCCCUGAGUGCGACCUCCGACCCCCCGAACUACACCAACGGCGGAGGGGGGCCGGAGGCGCGGAAGGUGCGCGCGCUGUACGACUUUGAAGCUGCUGAAGACAACGAGCUCACCUUCAAAGCCGGAGAACUGAUUCUGGUCUUGGACGACAGUGAUCCAAACUGGUGGAAGGGGGAGAAUCACCGAGGAAUGGGCCUCUUCCCCUCCAACUUUGUCUCAACCAAUCUGCACGCUGAACCAGAGACAGUGGCUUACGUCGAAAAGACGGCCAGCGCCGAAGAGACAAGCCCGGAAACCAAAGCUGAGCCCGAGCCCGUCUUCAUAGAUGAGGGGAAGAUGGACCGAACGCUGGCACUGCUGCGGAAUGCAGAUCCUGCAGAUCCGGCCCCUGACUCCUCAGAGCUGAUCCAGCUGGAGGGUGCGUGUGAACAGAUGAACCCGAUGAUUGACGAGAGGCUGGAGGAGAUUGACAGGAAACACUCUGAAUUGUCCGAGCUGAAUUUGAAAGUGUUGGAGGCCCUGGAGCUUUACAACAAGCUGGUGAACGAGGCUCCGUUCUACUCGGCCUACUCCAAGAUGCAGCCGCAGUACGCGCCGCCCUCCGGCCCCGCUGUGGCCAUGCAGGGCUACCACGGACCGACCGGCGCCCCCUACCUGCCCCCGGCGAUGCCCCAGGUUCCGCCCGCACAGCCUUACAAUCUGCCCAGCGACCAGCCUGCACCGCUGCACUCACUGCCACCCAACGUCUCGGCCCCGCCCAACUGUCAAGCUGCUCAGCCUCCUUACAUGAGCGGCGGUAUGAACACUCAGUACAUGCACCAGCCCGCUGGAGCUCUGUACCCGCCUCAGGCAGGCGUGGCCAUGGACAUGUCGACCUAUCAUAACCCCACCAUGCCUCCCGGGUCCUAUCCCGUGGCUCCUCCCCUCCACCAGGCUCCUCAGCAUCAGCACCAUCAGCAGCCGCAGCAUCAGCAUCAGCAGCAGGCGGCGUAUUAUCAACAGCCCCUGCUGUAAUAAAACCCCAGCGACGGGAGACCUGAGAUUAAUACCUGCUUCGGAUAUUUCAGCCGCUAGCUGUGUGUUCAUUUGGCUUACAGUGCGUAUGUAUGUGUGUGUGUGUGUGUGAUGACUUCUUUAGGAUCAUUCCUUUGAGCCUGUCAUGCUGAGACAGAACACACCCGAUGGAGGUUGAAAUAACUGAGGUGUCUGUGUAUAUAACGCAGGUCCUCUUCUUCUUCAUUUUCCCGACUUGACUGAAAGCGAAGAAGAAGAGUUGCUCAUCAGUACAGUCCGGUAUUCGUCCCGAUUUAUGGAAAGCAUUUCACAAUCCACAGUUCAACGCGAAGCUUCGAGUUCCUGAGAGCGAACGUAGGUCUCGUGCCGCGUCCACACUAAUGUAGAUAAAUGUGAAGUAAUUCAUCUCUCUGACUUUUUGUUCUCACCUGCAGUCCUCUGUGUUUCAGCAGCUUAAUACAAGAUCAAUGUAAUAACACGUGAGUAGAUGAGAAAUUCAAAAAAAAUAUUCCUUCAGCUAAAACGUAGCCCUUCCACACGGGUGGUGGUCUUCGACAGCUGUAUUGAUCAAAUCUGAAUCCGCUCUGCCACAUGCACAAACAACUUUUUCAAAACAGUAAAUACAAUUGGAAACGCUCGUUGAUGUAAUGCGGACCGGGAAAACUGGGCAUCCAUGUUCACAGACGCGCAUCACACGCUAGCGAACGUCUUUUGCCAUUUUCAAAUGUUCUGGGUUAUUUUGCUUGUUUAUUUCUCUUUUAGUUUUUAAUCACCGUCCUGGUUUUAAACGUGCGGGUGAAUCCACGUGAAGGUACAAGGUACAAGUUAUUUCUGACACCCUCUUUGUCAUUUUCUUUGUGCCGUUUGCACCGAGCGAUCGAAACUCCGAGACUUUCUGCGAAGUCAGAACUAACGAUAUCUGCGGGACAAGUCGCAAACAUUCGCAGUGGGAAGUAAUUCAAAGAGAAACCAGGAGCUUCAUUUAAUUUUCCCUCUUCCUCACCAGCAUUCACUACUCUGUUAUGUUAACAGUUUAUAUAUAUAUAUAUUUGUGUAAAUGGCUCGAAAGGUUUGCUUCCCCAUAAACUCACUGGCCUUGUAAUGAAUAUUCUGCGGUUGCAUUUUGAGAUAUUUCUUUUUUGCGUGUGCACAUGUUUGUCUUUUUACGUGUUCGUUUGUCUGAGGACUUAACUUUGGCAACGAUUGUUCCGAUUUUUAAGGUUGAACUAGGAAACAGGUAGUUGAUCUCUUCUCUUGCGUGUUUAUGAAAAUAUGAAGAUCUGUUCCACGAUUCGUGUCCGUACCUUCCCUCCUGUCUUCUCUUCAGCGGAACCUGUCGGGGUGUUGACUUUUCAAAGUGGUCAGUGGCGUCGGAGGCAUCGGUUUCAGAACGUGUGACGAUUGUUCCUCACUGUCCGUCGGCUUUUACUUUUAACGUCUGGCUAAGAAAAUAACCGGAGCGGAAUGUUGGGAAAUCAUGUGGUGAUGUUAAUAUGAGGAAAAAAGUGUGACGUCGCAUUUUUAACCCCGACUUUUUCAUCAAGAAUAUUUGGGUUCAAAUUCAGGAGCAGUCGACACUUCUGUCGCAGUCGCUCCGCCGUUUAUCAUUUUAUCCAGAACUGUCCGUGUUUCCUUUAUGCGCCUCGUAUUACAGGCCCUGUAUAGUAGAUGUAAAAUACCUGGUUUCUGUCAGUGACAUUGACAUCGCACCUUAGCUUUGUAAACAUUUAAUUUACCACUGGAUGCCUUUUGUCUGUCUGUAGAAAUUCCCCGAAAAGAGAAGAAUGACACAGAUAGAACGUUGGCGAGUAAUUUUAGUCUCAAGGGUCCGCUGGAUAUGUAUAAUUCUGUAUAUUUAAAAAAAAAAAAAAAGAAGAUAUCCCAGGAGAAGUUUCUUUAUCCAGGAUUUUAAAAAGUGCUUUUGUAACAGAGCAAACAUAUAAAUAUUCUUUGAAAUAAAAAAAGAAAUGACUGGU